CACACUCAGAUCUCUGUUGUGUAUCUCCAAACUGCACAUGCUUCUUCUAGUUUUGCGGAAAAGAGAGGCAUGUUCUGGAGUGGUUGCUACAUACGCACAUUUACUUAAACAUGUAGCUGCCCAAAACUGCAAGUAAAAGCUGAUUACAAUUAAGUGGACUUUUUCUAGACAAGGAUACUUAUUUAAGAUACGCAUGCAGCUGUAUACUUAAACAGACAGUAGAGGACCUCUAAAGAGAGACAGUUCGCAAGACUACCUGUUCAUUGCCAUACCUUCUGAAACAUCUUUACACACCAAAUAUGAAAGCAGAAAGUUAUUGUGGCUAUGAGAACCAGCUCUUCAAAGAGGAGGACCUGACCGGAGAGGAGGAGGAGAUGCCUCCCUUCAGAGGAAGAACCCGAGGAGGUUGUCUGAAAUGCCAGCAGACUCAUUCUAUCCAGCUGGCGGUCAGAGUUCUCUAUGGCUUCUUCGCCUUCAUAGUCAUUACUUUGGCAGUCCUGGCUGCUCUGGUUUUUAGGAAGGUUGACAGCUUAUCUGAAGAGGAAUCGCUUUAUCAUAAGAAGAUAACCAAGAACCAGGGGAGUACUCAAGAUCUCAACACCAUGAACUGUACAGAAUGCUACAAUGCAGUUCACUUCCAGGAAGAGAUCACCAAGCUCAAGAAGGAAUUUGAAGAUCUCCAAAGGAUGGUUGUGGGUCAAGAGCAGUUACUGGAGCAGACCACUCAAUCCCAAAACACUCUAACACAGUCCAAUAACAGGAUGAUGAGAGAUGUCCAGACUUAUGGAAUUACUAUUAAACGAAUAAACCAAUCUCUUGAACAGUACCUGAAUCAAGUAAAUGGAUGGCAGGCUGUUAUCAAUGAGACUGAUCAGGGCUUGAAGACAUUGGUCCAAGACCAGUAUGAUUUGAAGGCUACUGUGCAACAGGUCAACAGUACUGUCACAUUUAGUGCCUUAUGGAUAGAUGUUCUUCAGAGGAAGGCAGAAGAAGAAGGAUUGGUAUUGCAGAAAAUGACCAAAGACUGGCAGAACUACAGCAGAACACUUAGUGCAAUCAGGUCCAAUUCCAGUGCCAAUGUCCAAACAAUGCGACUCAUCCAGAGUGGCAUCUCUGCUACACAUCAGAGAAUCAGCAUGAGCUCAGAUAUGGUGCACGACCUCACAUUACAGGCCAUGAACUUGCAGAUACAGCUGGACAAUGUGUCUUCCUACAUUGAUGAGCAUGAGGAGAAUAUGCAUGACCACCAGUAUCAUGCCAAGUACUACGAAAAUAGGACGAGGGAAAGGUUUAUGACACUAGACACAAGAAUGAAUUCCAUUGGACUGGAGAUCGAGACAAUUGCCUCCAGCAUUAAUGCAACAGUCAGCCAUGUUCAGAGCAUGUACAAAUACAUCAACAUGGAGACCUCAUCUUGCCAGUCAAAGCUGGGCAGCCACACAGAGGACCUGCAGAAUUUAAAUAAUACUGUUUUGCUUUUGUUAAACCUUGCUGAUUCCUUGAGAUCACAAUAUAUGAUGCUUAAUGUACGUCUUGAUGUGGAUAUGAGGAACAUCUCUAUGGUUAUGGAGGAAAUGAAGCUGGUGGACACCAGGCAUGCUCAGCUGAUCCAAAACUUCACUAUUGUGAAAGGUGCUCCUGGUCCACCAGGUCCAAAGGGGAACAGGGGUGAGACAGGACCAAAUGGUCCUACAGGAUCAACAGGAAUCAAGGGAGACAAGGGACGUCCAGGUAUCCCUGGUCCUCCAGGGCCAAAAGGUUUGAUAGGGCCUAAAGGAGCUCAAGGGGAACGUGGGUCUUCUGGAGUGAAAGGAAGCCAAGGACUUAAAGGAGCCAAAGGGUCUUUAGGACAACCAGGACCUCGAGGUGAAAAGGGUCAGAAGGGUGACAUGGGUGUUGCAGGCAAAGAUGGAUUGCAAGGGCCAAAAGGACCACCAGGAAUCCGGGGUGAAGUAGGGCUCCCUGGUGCACAUGGUAUUCCUGGCCCAAGAGGAAAGCCUGGACCUGUUGGCCCACCUGGUCCACGUGGACCUCCUGGACCACCAGGGAACUCUACUUUGGGAUGAGAAAGGUUUAGACCACUCUAUUAAAACUGUAGAACCUUGUGACGUGACAUAAAUACCUUGCUGGAAACACAACACUGUUACUGAGUAUGAAUGGAUGAAAUCAACUUGGAAGUAACUACAGCUGCAUACAUUCCUUUAAAAUUUUACCUUAUACAGACAUUAUCUUCAAUAUAUACACCUCGGGCUAUAUACUGCACACACAUACCCAAUAUCUGAUAUGCAUCACAUGACCAUGCACUUGGCAAGAUGGCAGUUGCCUUGUAUUGAUGGUAGAAGAUUAUGUAAAACUUACUAAAGCGCACAGUUUUGACUUUUGCCUAACAUUUUGGACUUUCACUUUUUUAUGGUCAAAUAGAUAUUUUAAGGAUGUCUCUGAAAGAUGCAAUGGCAUGUUUUCAUAUUUGGAUGGCCUUUUAUUUGUUUUUCAUUAAGAAUCCAUUUACAUAUCAUGACAACAAUUGUUAAGGCACUUUAAAUGUUAAUGCUAUUUUUAAUCAAGCCAUUAUGUUAGAAUUAGAUCUAUUUUUGUAUCUACACCAUGGCAUAUUCAGAGCAGGUACUCUGAACAAGAAUAUGAAAUUGUGAGAUUUUUAAUCAUCAAUCCUGUGACAAAACUAUUGUAAACAAAAGUGUAAAAUAUGGUGCACACAGUAAGAAAAUGCAUACUACAGCAUCAAUACAACACUUGUAAUGUACAUUUUGCUGAUUUUACAUGUGCAAAAAAAACAUAGUCAUGCUUUUGCACAGUAUUAUAUAUUGUGUUGCAAGCAUUUACUUUUGACAGGAGUGUUUUCACACUGUGUUAAAGAAAUAAAACAAUUUAUUGAAAGAAA